AUGGGGAGUGCUGUAGUCACAUUAUAAAAGAAUAUUUUUGAACAAGCCUCUUUAUUCAGAAAUAGAAAGACCUUUUUAAAUGAGAAAGUAAUAUCUUAAAUAUUCUUAGUAAAAAUAAACAAAUAAUCUUCUCAGACUUUAUUUCUUAUCCACAUUUGCUGUUUUACUUACAGUAAUAUUUUAUUGAUAUCAUUAAGCAAUUAGCAAUCAUGCAACAAGAAAAUGUAAUAUUUCAAAUGUAUGCGGAUUAUCGUAAGAAAAUAGAGUAGGAAAGAAAGUUUGUUAGAGAAACAUUAUGA